CAGGUUGGGCAGCCUCCCUCCCGAAGCGUCUGGAGGAGAAGCCCCGGGUGUCCCCCGGCAUGUCCCAUCCCGCGAUGGGGGGCGCGGCCGCCGGUCCUCCGGAGAAGUUGGGCGGCCCGGGGCGGCCCCGGGCGUGGGGGGCAGCGUCUGUGCAGCGGUUGUGAGCAAGAUGCGGUAGCACGUGACCCGGGGACGCAGCCGCCGAGGCCGGUUCCCUGCCACCUGUGCGCUGUUUUCCUCUGGUACUUGGCCGCAAGCAGAUGCACCACAGGAUGAAUGAAAUGAACCUGAGCCCGGUGGGGAUGGAGCAGCUGACUUCAUCCUCUGUGAGCAAUGCCUUGCCAGUCUCAGGGAGUCACCUGGGGUUGGCUGCCUCACCCACUCACAAUGCCAUCCCUGCCCCAGGCCUGCCAGUGGCAAUUCCAAACCUGGGGCCCUCCUUGAGUUCUCUGCCAUCUGCUUUGUCUCUGAUGCUCCCAAUGGGUAUUGGCGAUCGAGGAGUGAUGUGUGGGUUACCUGAAAGAAACUACACCCUACCUCCACCACCUUACCCCCACCUGGAGAGCAGUUACUUCAGAACCAUUCUACCUGGCAUUUUAUCUUAUUUAGCUGACAGACCACCUCCUCAGUACAUCCAUCCCAACUCUAUAAAUGUUGAUGGUAAUGCAGCAUUGUCUAUUGCCAGUAACCCUUCAGCACUAGAUCCCUAUCAGUCCAGUGGAAAUGUUGGAUUAGAACAAGGCAUUGUUUCCAUAGACUCUCGCUCUGUGAACACACAUGGUGCCCAAAGUCUUCAUCCCAGUGAUGGCCAUGAGGUGGCCUUGGACACAACAAUCACUAUGGAGAACGUCUCUAGGGUUACCAGCCCCAUCUCUACAGAUGGAAUGGCAGAAGAGCUUACAAUGGACAGUGUUGCAGGCGAGCAUUCUCAAAUCCCAAAUGGCUCCAGAAGUCAUGAACCUCUGGCUGUGGAUUCUGUGAGCAACAACCUUGCAGCAGACACUGUAGGGCAUGGUGGUGUGAUACCCAUUCAUGGGAAUGGCCUGGAGCUCCCCGUGGUCAUGGAGACAGACCACAUUGCAGGUCGGGUCAACGGGAUGUCUGACAGUGCACUCAGUGACUCCAUCCAUACCGUGGCCAUGAGCACCAACUCUGUAAGCGUGGCACUCUCUACCUCACACAACCUCGCCUCCCUAGAAUCCGUUUCCCUCCACGAAGUUGGCCUAAGCCUAGAACCUGUGGCUGUGUCCUCUAUCACCCAGGAGGUUGCUAUGGGGACAGGUCAUGUAGAUGUGUCUUCAGACAGUCUUUCUUUUGUACCACCUUCACUGCAAAUGGAAGACUCCGAUUCAAACAAGGAAAAUAUGGCAACCCUGUUUACAAUUUGGUGCACACUUUGUGACCGAGCCUAUCCCUCUGACUGCCCCGAUCACGGACCAGUGACUUUUGUUCCUGACACUCCAAUAGCGAGCAGAGCGAGGCUUUCUCUCCCCAAGCAGCUUGUCCUCCGCCAGUCAAUUGUGGGAGCAGAAGUUGGUGUAUGGACUGGAGAAACCAUUCCUGUGCGGACUUGCUUUGGGCCUCUCAUUGGCCAGCAAAGUCACUCCAUGGAAGUAGCAGAGUGGACAGACAAGGGAGUUAACCAUAUCUGGAAGAUAUACCACAAUGGUGUCCUAGAAUUCUGCAUUGUUACAACUGACGAAAAUGAAUGUAAUUGGAUGAUGUUUGUGCGCAAAGCCAGGAACCGGGAAGAGCAGAAUUUGGUGGCUUAUCCCCAUGAUGGAAAAAUUUUUUUCUGCACCUCACAAGAUAUCCCUCCUGAAAAUGAACUGCUUUUUUAUUACAGCCGGGAUUAUGCUCAGCAGAUUGGUGUUCCUGAACACCCAGAUGUGCACCUCUGUAACUGUGGCAAGGAGUGCAAUUCCUAUACUGAAUUCAAAGCCCACCUGACCAGCCACAUCCAUAACCAUCUUCCUAGCCAGGGCCACAGCAGCAGCCACAGGCCCAGCCACAGCAAAGAAAGGAAGUGGAAGUGCUCAAUGUGCCCCCAAGCUUUUAUCUCUCCUUCCAAACUUCAUGUCCACUUUAUGGGCCACAUAGGCAUGAAGCCGCACAAGUGUGACUUCUGUAGCAAGGCCUUUAGUGAUCCCAGCAACCUGCGGACCCACCUCAAGAUACAUACGGGUCAGAAGAACUACAGGUGUACUUUGUGCGACAAGUCUUUCACCCAGAAGGCUCACCUGGAGUCGCACAUGGUUAUCCACACGGGCGAGAAGAAUCUCAAGUGUGAUUAUUGUGACAAGUUGUUUAUGCGGAGGCAGGACCUCAAGCAGCAUGUGCUUAUCCACACACAAGAACGCCAGAUCAGGUGUCCCAAGUGUGACAAGCCGUUCUUGAGAACAAAUCAUUUAAAGAAACAUCUCAAUUCUCACGAAGGAAAACGGGAUUAUGUCUGUGAAAAAUGUACAAAAGCUUACUUAACCAAAUAUCAUCUCACCCGGCACCUGAAAACCUGCAAAGGGCCCACCUCUGGUUCGUCAGCACAGGAGGACUCGGAGGACUCGGAGGAGGAGCUGGCAGGCGCUGUGGGUGCAGAGGCCUGUCAGCUGAGCAGCACUGUCUAUUCAGCAGACGAGUCUCGUGGCACAUAAAUAAGAGGACAAGCCAGAUGUUUUGGAUGGAAAAUGCAAAGGAAAAAACACAUAACCAGUUAUCCACUACAGUGGCUUUUAUACAAAAUGGUUUCUGAUCCUUCCAGCCAACAGUCAAAACAGACUGAAUGGGAAUGGAUAAAGCACUUACAGGGAGUAUCCUAAUGAAAACACUAAAGUUGGGAAAAGAGCAUGUGUCCUAUUUUUAAGUGAGGUGUGGAGAGGAAAGUGUCAACUGUUGAGGUCUGUAUUUACAUGGGGACCUGUGUCGCAUUAUGCUGGAGUCAAAGCUGCCUUCUGCCCAAUCAGAUUUAUUUUAAAUUAUUGCAUUGUUUCCUUUUCUUCCUAUGACUUAGCAGUACUCUGAACUUGGUCCCUGCCUCACAGUCAUCCCAAUUGCUGGUUCUGGUUCUAGUGUAGUGUUAUGUGGACUGUUGUGACUUACUCAUCCCAGGACAGAUUGGAGUGCAGUGCUGUAAGCUCCUUUGCAGCUAACAAGUUUAAAGCCCCACCUGCCUUAAUCUCUGUUUGGGAUUUUAGGGUGGAUCUUGCUUCCCAAAGUUUCAGCAGGUGCCUGGAGGGCAGAUGAUAAAGGAGCAGCCAGGCAAUAGGCUGAGAUGGAGAGAAGAAAAGGAAAUGCCUGGGCCAGUGUCCAGGAAACUGGUUUGACAGAAGCCACAGUGAGGUACCUGGUUGUUCCUUAGAUAUCUGUGUAGGUUAGGUAUAUUUCUGUCUCCAGUAACGCUUCCAGUCCCCAAAGGGGACCUGGAGGUAUAGAGCCAAAUAAUGCCUGCUGGAUGAUGUGCUGAGAAGCACAGGUAGACUCAGCUGGCAGAUUGGUACCUUGGCCCAGGGUAGGAGGAAGCGGAUGAUCCUUUAUAUCUGGCUUAACUUCUGAAAAGUAUCAGGACACCAUUAAAGUGUUGCCAACUCAGAAAGACAAAUGACCCCAAAUACAUUGGUGCAUUUGCAAGGUUAGGCCUACCCAGUUGUCUGGUGAAGGACCGCACCAUUUAAGCACGAUGGAUACCAAAGGAUUUGGAAGGCAGAAGGCUCAAGGUCACCACAUGGGUGUGUUUUCAGGUUCCCAGCUUCGUUCUUUACCCAUCUGGUCUUUCACCUGGUUUCACGUGCAUAUCUAGCUUUCAGCAUGAAGCAGACGUUCUUAAGUUGCAGUUGAUAGAACAUGCUCUCCUGCGCUGAGGCACAGUCUCUGGGUUGGAGUAGCGAGGACUCUGGUGGGAAGGUUUUGCUGCUAAUGUAUUUAUAGAAUGAAUGUAUUUCAUUCAAAUCUGUAUUCCUCUAGGAAGGAUUAAAAACUUUUUUAAAAAUA